AUGGGCGGAGAAAGAGAGAAGAAGCUAACGGGAGCGGGUGUGGGAAGAAGAAGAGAAAAGGACAUGCAACGCGGGAAGAAGGAAAAAGAAUAA